ACUAGUGAAACGCUCUCACACACACUACUGAGAUUUCAGUGUAACCGGAAGGCAUUUCAGUGUAAACGGAAGGCAUUUCAGUGUAAACGGAAGGCAUUUCAGUGUAAACGGAAGGCAUUUCAGUGUAAACGGAAGGCAUUUCAGUGUAAACGGAAGGCAUUUCAGUGUAAACGGAAGGCAUUUCAGUGUAAACGGAAGGCAUUUCAGUGUAACCGGAAGGUGGCCCGUAAGAGGAAGUGGAGCGUCGUUGGAGCGCAAAUGUCACUUCAGGAGCACUCGGGUGGUCUAACAGAAGCUGCAGCGUUACUUAGCAACAUUUUAGCAACGUCGGAGACAAUUCGAACAUUGUCUAAUGCAACAACAGGCGGGCAACAGUCUCACGCUGCCUCAGGGACCAACACAGUGGAGAGUCAACUCACUACACUAUUCCCAUCUCGCGGCCGCAGCGGCGCGCCGCAGCCGUCUGUUGGCCCUUUACGGACCUCCGUGCCGCGUUAUCAAGCUCAGCAGAGCUUCAGCACAUGGACAUCGAGCACACGGAGAAGAAGAGUCCGUGCACAUCAGCAUGACGAUUUCAACAAAGAUGUAAUACUACUCCCAAAUCCGUCAUGGGGAAUUGUGUGCCAACAAGACACAAAAGUUUGGCUGCACAAACAUGGACAUAUCCUCAGUGCCUUUGAGUUCCAGAAGGUCUGGGACCACCAGACUGUCAUACAACACAUCAGGGGUGGAUUUGGUGAGUGUAUUCCAGAAGACGACAGAUUCCGUGAAGGACUGAGAACUCUGGGGGUUCUGGAGAAAAUCCAAAAACAUCCAGACAGCUUUCGCCCCCUGUUCUGCUAUGAGCCAAGCACGCUGACUGCUGACCAGCUGGAUGAUCUUGUCGCCAUUCGUCUGUCACCAGAAGGGAGCAACAAGAGAGUUGUAGAGGACGUGGUGAUUCCCUGCCUGCUGAAUUCUUGCCAAAUAAACAUAAUGCAGACAAAAAAGAUGUAGUUCAUUCAAUGAGUCAAGAAUACCUUGUUCUUCCAUGAAGUUAAAAAUGUUGAAGUGUCUGCAAACAACUCUAUUGAGUUCUGCCCAUAGUCUUUCAAUUCUCUGAUUAUGAACUGAAACACCUGUAAUAACACUGUUCAGUCCCCUUCUUUCCAACAUAAAACGUGCAACAAGUAUAUUUUCCAUGCCAUAAUCACAUCUGACCCUUGCAGGCAAACCAAAGUUCUCAACACCCUCUAAAAAUAAUGAUAACACACUUGAGGCCCUGUUAUUAGAUGAGCACCGCAGGUAUAUAAUAGUCCGACUGAAGCCAUCAACACAGCCGUGCAUGACCAGACGCCACCUCACAAGCUUGUGGUUUCCAUCGAAAUGCCUGUUGGGAGACCAGAAUCAUCAUCAUCAUCAUAAUUAUUAUUAUUAUUUACCCUCAUGGGUAAACAGGGAUAUUUUUGUCCUUUCAGUCAAUUAUUUGCUGAACUUUUGACCAUAAUUUUGUUUUUGUUUCUCAAUAUGGAAUGAUUUUUGUAGUAAGGUGUUUUUCAUGACAAGUGUUAAUAUUCAAAAUCAGAUUUUUUUCAGAGGUCAAAGGUUAAAUGGGGCCAAAGUUAUAAUAAAUGUUGGAGGGCUGGGGAUUUUUUUAAAGAUCAGGCUUAAAUAUACAUAAGACCUGUGACAAAAUAGAUUUUCAUGCAUUUUUUUUUUUGCAGUGUCAGAUUCAUAAUUGACGACCCUUUGAGGUCAUCAGGACAUAAAUGUCCUCUCCCAAAAACUGCUAUAAAAACAUAACAGAUUCAUAUUUUUUGUACUUUUUGU